UGAGGGAGGAGAGGAAACGUGCGGGGGAGAAAACAAACGGAAUGCAGCCGUAGUCGAGGCUCCCUCUAUCUCUCCCACCACCAGUGUUUGUAAUUUUCUAAUCAGUGGUGUGCCUCCGUUAUUCCGUGUCUUCUGGAAAAGCAACAGUUUGUGGGAAUAACCGUCGGAGCGAACAAACACCGUUGAUAAGAAGACAGAAACAUGAGUGUCGAGGCGUACGGGCCGAGCUCGCAGACUCUAACGUUCCUCGACACCGAGGAAGCCGAGCUGCUGGGAGCGGACACCCAGGGCUCCGAGUACGACUUCACCGAUUUCACCCUGCCGAGCCAGACCCAGACCCAAGGCCAGACCCAGAGCCAACUGGAUAACCAGGUUAAUGGCCCUGACGGCGUGCUACAGAAUGGAGACGACCCUGUGGUAAAAGCCAGUCAGCUGCUUGCAGAGUUGAACUUUGAGGAGGAUGAGGAGGACACCUAUUACACCAAGGAUCUCCCGAUACAUGCCUGCAGUUAUUGUGGUAUUCAUGAUCCAGCCUGUGUGGUCUACUGCAACACGAGCAAGAAGUGGUUUUGCAAUGGCCGUGGAAACACAUCCGGCAGCCACAUUGUAAACCACCUGGUGAGAGCAAAGUCCAAGGAGGUGACCCUGCAUAAAGAUGGCCCCCUGGGGGAAACAGUGCUGGAGUGCUACAACUGUGGCUGUCGCAAUGUCUUCCUCCUAGGCUUCAUCCCUGCUAAAGCUGACUCAGUAGUGGUGUUACUGUGCAGGCAGCCAUGUGCCAGCCAGAGCAGCCUGAAGGACAUCAACUGGGACAGCUCACAGUGGCAGCCUCUCAUCCAGGAUCGCUGCUUCCUGUCCUGGCUGGUGAAAAUCCCGUCAGAGCAGGAGCAGCUGAGGGCUCGUCAGAUCACCGCCCAGCAGAUCAACAAGCUGGAGGAGCUCUGGAAGGAGAAUCCCACUGCGACCCUGGAGGACCUGGAGAAGCCUGGUGUGGAUGAGGAGCCCCAACAUGUGCUGCUCCGCUAUGAGGAUGCCUACCAGUACCAGAACAUCUUUGGUCCUCUGGUGAAACUGGAGGCUGACUACGAUAAGAAACUCAAAGAGUCUCAGACUCAAGACAAUAUCACAGUCAGAUGGGACUUGGGCUUGAAUAAAAAGAGGAUUGCUUAUUUCACUCUUCCCAAGACAGACUCAGACAUGCGUCUCAUGCAGGGAGAUGAAAUUUGCCUGCGGUACAAAGGAGACCUGGCCCCUCCAUGGAAAGGCAUUGGACAUGUCAUCAAAGUCCCUGAUAACUAUGGUGAUGAGAUUGCCAUAGAGCUGAGGAGCAGCGCCGGAGCUCCUGUGGAGAUCCCACACAACUUUCAGGUCGACUUUGUGUGGAAGUCCACUUCCUUUGACAGGAUGCAGAGUGCCCUGAAGACGUUUGCCGUGGACGAGACCUCAGUGUCUGGUUACAUCUACCAUAAACUGCUGGGACAUGAGGUAGAGGAUGUGGUCAUCAAGUGUCAGCUGCCCAAACGCUUCACCGCUCAAGGCCUGCCUGACCUUAACCACUCGCAGGUGUAUGCUGUGAAGACGGUGCUGCAGCGUCCCCUCAGUCUGAUCCAGGGUCCUCCGGGCACAGGGAAGACAGUAACGUCUGCGACCAUUGUCUACCACCUGGCUAGACAGGGCAACGGGCCAGUGCUGGUGUGCGCACCCAGCAACAUCGCCGUCGACCAGCUGACAGAGAAGAUCCACCAGACAGGCCUCAAGGUGGUGAGGCUGUGCGCCAAGAGCAGGGAGGCCAUAGACUCACCUGUGUCCUUCCUGGCUCUGCACAACCAGACUCGUAACAUGGACAGUAUGCCAGAACUUCAGAAGCUUCAGCAGCUGAAGGACGAGACUGGAGAGCUGUCCUCCUCAGAUGAGAAGCGCUACAGAGCUCUGAGACGCACCGCUGAGAGGGAGCUGCUUAUGAAUGCUGACGUGAUCUGCUGUACCUGUGUCGGGGCGGGUGAUCCUCGUCUGGCCAAGAUGCAGUUCCGCUCAAUCCUGAUUGAUGAGAGCACCCAGGCCACCGAACCAGAGUGCAUGGUGCCUGUCGUCCUGGGGGCCAAACAGUUGAUUCUGGUGGGUGAUCACUGCCAGCUGGGCCCUGUGGUGAUGUGUAAGAAGGCAGCUAAAGCAGGCCUGUCCCAGUCUCUGUUUGAGCGUCUGGUAGUUUUGGGGAUCCGGCCAAUCCGUCUGCAGGUUCAGUACCGUAUGCACCCGGCUCUCAGCGCCUUCCCCUCCAACAUCUUCUAUGAGGGCUCUCUGCAGAACGGAGUCACUGCAGCGGACCGCGUGAAGAAAGGUUUUGACUUCCAGUGGCCACAGCCUGACAAGCCGAUGUUCUUUUACGUCACCCAGGGCCAAGAGGAAAUAGCGAGCUCUGGGACAUCCUAUCUCAACAGGACUGAAGCAGCCAAUGUGGAGAAAAUAACCACAAGGUUGCUAAAGGCCGGAGCGAAACCUGAUCAGAUUGGCAUCAUUACGCCCUACGAGGGACAGAGGUCCUACCUGGUCCAGUACAUGCAGUUCAGCGGCUCCCUCCACACCAAACUCUACCAGGAGGUUGAAAUAGCCAGUGUGGACGCCUUUCAAGGCAGAGAGAAGGACUUCAUCAUCCUGUCCUGUGUGAGGGCCAAUGAGCACCAGGGAAUCGGCUUCCUCAAUGAUCCCAGACGUCUCAAUGUGGCACUCACGAGGGCCAGGUAUGGUGUGAUAAUUGUGGGAAACCCUAAGGCCCUGUCCAAGCAGCCUCUGUGGAACCACCUGUUGAACUACUACAAGGAGCAGAAGGUCCUGGUUGAAGGCCCCCUGAACAACCUGAGAGAGAGCCUCAUGCAAUUCAGCAAGCCACGCAAGCUUGUCAACACCAUCAACCCUGGGGGUCGAUUCAUGAGCACAGCCAUGUAUGAUGCCAGGGAGGCUCUCAUUCCUGGAUCUGUUUAUGACCGCAGCAGCAACGGCCGUUCAUCCAAUAUGUAUUUCCAAACCCAUGAUCAGAUCGGUAUGAUUGGCACAGGCCCCAGUCCCAUGACUUCCCUGAACAUCCCCAUCCCCUUCAACCUCGUGAUGCCCCCCAUACCUCCACCUGGGUACAUGGGACAGGUCAAUGGACCCUCAGCAGGUCGUGGUGGAGGCAUGAAAGGCAAGGCAGGCAGUGGAGGAGGCGGCGGGACUCGAGGUGGGCGUCAAAGAAACCGCGGCAACAUGGGGAACCACAGCGGAGGAGACCGGCAUGGAGGCCACAUGAGUGGCAGCCAGGCCAGCCAGGACCUGGGCUCCCAGCCCUUCUCACAGGGGCCUCUGACGCAGGGCUACAUCAACAUGAGCCAGCCGUCUCAGAUGAGCCAGCCCGGGCUCUCCCAGCCUGAACUCUCACAGGACAGUUACCUAGGAGACGAGUUCAAGUCCCAGAUUGAUGUGGCUUUGUCCCAGGACUCCACCUACCAGGGGGAGCGGGCCUACCAGCACGGUGUGACUGGACUGUCCCAGUACUAGACUGUUGUUGGAAAGGAGCUAGGCCUGUGUGAAGCUUAGUUCAAUGGUAUUUUAAUCUGGGUAAUAACAAAAAAGAACAAACAUGGAUACCCGUUUUCCACUGCUACAACCGAAGCACCACUGUGUGAAAGUAACAGGAGAGAGACCGUGAGAAACCAACCAAUCACAAGAGUGAGAGCAAAAAUGGGAGUAGAGCUGGACAGGAAGAGAGCAAGAGACGAGACGAGCGGGAGGCUGGUGGAGGAGAGAAGGCACUGCUGCUCACACGCGAAGACGUGGCGUAGGAGAAAGCUGUCGUUGUCGGAGCAGCGCAGUUGGAGAGGCGAGACCUUCGACGGGUCGAGGAGGGAGAAAGGUCCGAACGAGUCUGGAAGGGGUGGGGCGACUAUGUCAUCUUGUCCCCCGCGUGCCCCUGAACCCUCGGGGAGCUCCAGGCAGUAUGGUUGGGAAUCUUGCUCCAAAAGCUGAGAAAGAUGGAGAAAAGGUGUCUCACACAUAUGUCCUCCAAGCUAACUCAACAGGACGUCUUCUGUGACUUGGAGAGAGAGAGAAAGAGAGAAAACAAAAGGGGACACAACUCUUGAAGCAGUUGAUAUGGCAACUUUUUUAAACUCAAAGCUUGAUUUGAGGCUCUGCAUCUGAUCACAUCUAAGCAUCCAGGAGAGAAGAGCGUGAAAAAAACUGUUUGGCUAUUCAAGUGAACUCAAAAGUGCUUGUGGUGUUGUGCCUCAAAGAGCUCAAAUGAAAUUUGAGCAUUACAUAGCCACGGAUCACUCGCUUUUCUUUCUCAGCUUUGAGUUGGAAAGUUUUCUGAAUAAAGGCUGUUUUCAUUGAGGUUUUUCAGUGAUGUAAGCUAGUGUAGUCGGCCGUCUUUCUAGGCAGGUCUUUCUCGAGGUGCUCUGCAAAGAACAAGUGGUGGAAUUAGCUCUUAAAAAUAUAAAAGAAAAACAUCUUUGUCUCCAGAUCUGAAGAGGUGGGCGCCAGACAUCUGAGUAUAGGGAGACAAUUUUGUUUUUGUUCUUCUAAAUGUAUCUUCUUAGUAGUGCAAAAGAGUGAACAUGAACACCAUAGCCAGCUUAUAACUGAAUGAAGCUGUCAUUCUUUCCUGCUGACCCUGAAGCCACUGAAGCUAGCAGACGGGGAUCAUCUUGAGCAUAUAUAGCGAAAUGCAUCAAAUAAGCCAAAUCAAGAGGGCGGUAAACCCCAAAGACCCUUCUCAAAAAGUAAAUGCAAAGUUAAAAAACAUGCAUACACCGAGAUUAUUUAGUGAUUAUCACAGUAGAGUGAAGUUUGAAAUCACUUGUAUAAAAGAAGUAUUCAGUUUUGACAUGAAUACACCGCACAAAGGAUGAUGAAAACUUUUAGAGCCCUAUCUUAUAAAUGUGUAGAAGGUGAACUUGAUCAUAGAUUUUCACCAUGUCAGACUGUGGUGAAAGCAUUUUAGAAAUCCCAUGUGCAUAUUUGCACGCUGAAAUUAGGCAUGAAGACCUUUAAAUUAUUAUGACAGAAUGACCCCAGUGUAACGUUUCCUUCCCCUUGUUUCUUUAUUUUGGUCUUUUGUUGUCCUAAAGUCUUUAACUUAAGUGUGAAACUGUCACAAAUAGUAGCUCAUUGUGUCAAGAGCAGAGCAACUUUAAUGAGUAUUAGUGAAAUUUGUGUCUUAGUUUCAAAGCUCUGCAUGUGUUAGUUCUCAGUUCACAUGCAUUAGUGAUGUUCACAUGCAGCUUGUUUUUAUCAGUGUCUAGUUUUCUUAUUAGGUGUACUAAUUCUGCUGUCAUUUUCAUGUCAUGGAAACACAUAACGCUGGAAAAAAAAGUCAAACCAGUAGCAGGCCACGUUACCUCUGACUUAAAGCUGGGUGGAAUAUGUCUAAUAUCCCGUCAUGUAUGCUUUUUGGAGCCGUCAGUGGCUAGUGUUGUCACAAUACUGGAAUUUCUAACUUUGAUAUGACACCUUGAAGUCAGUACCACAGAGAAAAAUUGACAUUGAGGGCAUAAAAUACAUUUUUAAGUUAAAAGAUAGAUAAAACAUGAUGACAGCAACGUUUCCUGGUUAGUAGCAGAGAACGGCAGAGUGACUAUAAACAGUAACAGCUGCAAUACUGCGGAAAAUGAGCAUUGAAACCGCUUCAGAUAUUCAGAAUCUUCUUAUCGAUAAAUCGAUAACUUUGACAACACUACUUGUGGCACAUUGCACUUGCUGAAAAGUGCUCAGAGGAGAAGGACUUAAAUAUGUUUCUGUCACUAACGAGCUAUUUUACAUGUUCAUACUACCACAAUAAUGACUUAGCAUAACCAAUCCAGGUGAGCCAACUGCAGCUGUGCAGGACAUAAAAUAAUUUCUGUAUGAAUCACCUGUAGAUAAGUGUCCGUUUGCUCCCUAAAAUGUACGUGACACCCAACCAUUACUAGCUACAUGCACCUGUUCAUCGAUGUAUUCAAAGACUGUCAUGCAUUUCUUUAAAUUUAAAUUCCCAGUAAAUGACCACCCCAUGACUUCCCAACACAUUUACACUAGUCUGUGCAUGUCCUGUGACUAGAAGGUAACUUUUUGAGUUGUUUUCGUCUUCUAUACUUUUGCAGUGAAAAUCUUUGUUUGGCUUAUUGCUGUUUAGAACUGAAAAUGAAGUUUUGUGUUGGCACCAUUUUGUUUUUCUGCCCACUGAUCGAUGUUAGUAGUUGACUAAAACUAUGCUCACUAAGAUUCUCCUGUUGAUGAUCUUGGAAAAUUAAAGUUUUGCUUCUUUUUUUG